AUGAUCCAGCACAAUUAUCACCAUGCAAUUUAUCAAUAUUAUAUAGAAAUCAAAAAAUACUUUGAUAAUAAUCCUGAUCUUCAAAAAGGUUACACUGGUGGUAUCAGAAGAUCUGAAAAGGCAAGGUCAAAGCUCUCGAACCUUUCUGAUAAUCAGUUCUUGGAGCUUUGUACUGAUGUCAAUGAUGAGUUAGAAAGACGUUUAGAUAUUGAAGCCAAGAAAAGCGGGAAACAUUUAGCACACGAUGAUACUUUCUUCGAUAAGAGAAAUCAAGCUAGGAGGAAGCUUGGAGACUUAUCCAUGGACAGAUUUCAUGAUUUGAUUACAGAUAUUAUACAUGAAGUUGAAAGAAGAGGAUUUCAUAAUGGUGAUGAUAUAUCAACAGCCAAACGCCAGCAAAUUAUGACUAAAUUCAGUUUUAUUCCAAACGAAGAGUAUGAAAAUGAAGCAAUAAAUAGAUCUUAUGCUGAUGAUUAUGAAAAUUUAGUAAAAUCCCCAGCUGAAUCGGUGCAGACGUCAUCAAUAAUGCCUGUAAAGGCCUCCAUUGAUUGGUCUUCGGAAGAAGAGACUGAUGUUGGUACUAGUGGACCAGAUCCUAAAGAACAAAAUGCUACCUUUAAAAUAGCAGGAGAAAGUUCAAAUCAAAAUAAAAGUUAUGAAACUGACUUAGAAUCUACUCAAAGUCUUGAAAAGAAAAUUGAGAAAGUGAUUUCAUCUUCAAACAACAGUGUCUCGUCAUUGGAAGAUACGAAAAUUGGUAAACCCGAGGUUGAAUAUUCUAAUGAUUAUUUGAUGAAAGAAAACGAACGUCUUAAAAAAGAAUUAGAGGUGCUCAAAGUCCAAAAAGUUCAAGGCAAAGGAGGCAGAAAUGAACAAGAUAGCCUGAGUCUUGAAAGUUUGAAGACUUUGAUCGAUAAAGAUGGCUACAUCCCUUUUUCGCUAGUCGAAAAAUAUCAUCAUUUAGCCAACACAUUUUUCCAGAAAUUAUAUGUGGAACAGCAUGAAGGGCCUCAUUUAAGUGAUGAAUAUCAGGAGCCAGUUGUCAUGAAUGGUACCAAGUUGUUCAAGCUAAUCUUCCAACUUUCAAAGGUGAUAUCAGAUAUUAUAUUAUUAGUGGACUUGCCAGAGUAUCAAUUACAGGUUAAACUACUACGAACUUCAAUAUCACAUGCUAUAACAUCUUUAAGAUACUAUUCACAGUAUUCAAAUCUUUUACCAAAAAUGACAGUUAGCGUUGCAAUUUCAGACAUUAGUUUUGCCCUUUGUAAUUUGAUCGGAACUGUGAAACUUAAAGAUGAAAAGUGCGCAAAUAUUGGCAAUGAAAAUAUCUCCUUUCCGGCCCAAGACUUUCCUAUAAAUGGAGAUAAUAUUCACAAUGACAAUGAAGCAUCGCCCGUGAAACCACUGAAAUUUACACAAAAAGUUAACAGUAAUACCGAUAUUAGCUCUGAUGACAGUCGAUCUUCAACUUUGAAAGGCAGUCAUAGAAAGGGACUUUUUAAGGCAUUAAUAGACUAUACAACACCAACUAAAAAGGGCUCCUCUGAAAAGAAAGCUCAAGGUGUAAGAGAUCCAGAUUUGGUGGCAGACAACCCAAUAAUGAGAAAUGCUGAAACAUCCUCACUCUAUAUCGAUUCGAAGUCAUUAACAGUAGAUAUCCCUGAAAGUCCAACUUCAUCGAAUGAAGACUCUGAUGAAUUUGAUUUUAUGCGCUUUCAAGAUAGAGACCAUGAGUUAGAAUUUGAAAAAUUUGAUGAUUGGGAAACAUCAAACAAACAGAGAGAAAUCGAAAUUGCUUCAAAUUGA